GUUUAGUCAAGUGACGCCAUUGUGAGCCGUAACGACUUUUCCGUGCAUAGAGUUUAAUCUCAGUUUACUUAUACAAUCGUGGUGGUAGUACAUAAAUAAAACAAAGAAAAUGACUGAUGAUAUGCCCACAUUCAAAUGCGUGCUAGUCGGUGACGGCGGCACUGGCAAAACAACAUUCGUAAAGCGGCACUUGACUGGAGAGUUCGAGAAAAGAUAUGUCGCCACAUUAGGAGUUGAAGUGCAUCCUUUAGUGUUUCACACAAACCGAGGGCCGAUAAGGUUUAACGUUUGGGAUACUGCAGGCCAAGAGAAGUUUGGUGGUCUUCGAGAUGGUUAUUAUAUUCAAGGUCAAUGUGCUAUCAUCAUGUUCGACGUAACAUCUCGUGUCACCUAUAAAAAUGUACCCAACUGGCACAGAGAUUUAGUUCGAGUUUGUGAAGGCAUUCCAAUUGUUCUAUGUGGUAAUAAAGUUGAUAUCAAGGAUAGAAAAGUAAAAGCGAAAACUAUUGUUUUCCACAGAAAAAAGAACCUUCAGUAUUACGAUAUCUCUGCCAAGUCAAAUUACAAUUUCGAGAAGCCCUUCCUCUGGUUAGCGAGAAAGUUGAUUGGUGAUGGCAACUUGGAAUUUGUUGCCAUGCCUGCAUUAGUGCCACCAGAAGUAACUAUGGACCCGCAAUGGCAAAACCAAAUCGAAAAGGAUCUCAAGGAAGCACAAGACACAGCCUUACCUGAAGAAGAUGAAGACUUGUGAACAUAGACUGUUAUUAUUUAAUCCUACAUGCUCUACUAACACUGGUAAAAAUCAAACAAGAUGUCAAUGUUUUCCAAAGAUAUCAGAUAUAUUGCAUUUGAUGUUGUGUUGGCAUAAUUAUUUUUUAAUGUAUUUAUUACACAGACUGUGUCUUUAGAUCUGAUCUCAGUGGAAAACUAGAUUUGUCUCCAUGAUGGUUUCACUUUCAUUCCGUUAGAUUUUACAUCCAUAAAUUAUGUGUUUUUCAUUUUGAGUUAGACAGACUAUGAUGUUAUUUCAUGUAAUGUGUAAUUGGUGAUAGCAAAUUAAAAAAUUGAUGACAUAAUGCCAGUAAACUUGUAUUCCAUUGUUAAAUGUACCGAAAUCGUAUUUGAUUUUGUUUAGUCUUGUUUUAUAAACCAUACCUUUUUCUAAAUAAAUUGUGU